AUGCCUCGACGUUCAUUACGACAUCGCCGGCAUUCAAUUCAUCCAUCAAAUAAUGAGAAUAAUAAUAAUAAUGCUCCAGCAACAAAUCAAAAUCUUUUACCACCUGAAUUACAAAUUACAAUAACAGAUAAUCCAUUAGUAACAACAACAAUAACUGCACCUGAUGGUUCAUCACAUUCAUCAUUACAAUCUGCAGCAUUAGGUAAUAAUAAUGAUGAUGAUGAUAGUAAUAAAACUAAUCGUCGUGAUACAACAACAAGCCAGUUAAUAUCAAAUUUAAUAGCACCAUCACCAAGAAAUACACAUUCAUUAUUAGCAAAAUUAACUGAUGCAAAAAAGACUUUAUUUGGAAGAGCAACUACACCUGAUCCUGCUUUUUCAUCAGCAGAAGCAAAUAAAGCAUUAUUAAGUUAUAUUUUAUCUGAACCAUUUCCACAACUAGACGUCAUACAAGGACAUGAACGUGAAGGAGCACAAUUAAAUGCUGUUACAGAAGAAGGAAAUACAGCUAUACAUUUACUUGCACGAGCAGAACAACAUUCACAAGAAUCUCUUAAUAUUGUGGAAUAUUUCAUAAAAAAGGGUUGUGAUCCAAAUAGACAAAAUGAUUAUGGAUGGACAGCAGCACAUUAUGCAUUAGCAACUCAUAAUACUGAUUUAGUUAUAUAUUUACUUAAAGUAAUGAUUGAUGUUAAUUUACCAACAUGGGAUACAUAUAACGGAUAUCCAAGUCAAACUCAACUUCUUCAUAUUGCAGCACGACAAAAUGAUAGUGUUUUAAUACGUCUUUUGGUAAAAACUUAUAAAGCACGUGUGAAUGUAUAUGAUGAAGAUGGUUGUACACCAUUACAAAUAUGUUGUUAUGAAGAUAAUAUUGAUGCAUUAAAAGCUUUACUUGAAACAGAUGCUGAUUUUCAAAAAGGUACACGUUUAAAUCCUCAUGAAACACCUGUUAGUAUAUUAGUUAAAUAUCAAUAUGAUAUGUGUUUAAAAGCAUUAUUUGAAUUAACAUCAAAUUUUAAUUGGAAACGUUAUUUUUCUCAAUUACCACGUUCACCAUUAUUAUGUGAUUUUCCAAGUAUAUAUGGUAUUGAAUUACUUGUUGAACGUUCACUUGAUAUCGAUGCAUGUGAUGAACGUGGAAAUACAUUUCUACAUUAUUUAGUUAAUAAAAAAGAUAUUGAUUAUGAUAAAUAUGUUGAAAAAUUAAUUCAAGCAUCAGCAGAUUUCAAUCGACAGAAUCGUCUUGGACGUACACCAUUUCUUGAAGCACUUGAACAGAAAAAUUUUGAAUUAAUUGCAGUUUUUCUUCGUCAUAUUGAAGUAACAAAUAUACAUAUAGUUGAUUCAUUAUCAAAUACAGCAUUACAUUAUUGUAAAUAUCUUGAUCAACUAAGUAUUUAUGAGAAAGUUUUACAAUCAAAUCCACAAUCAUUAAACGCACAAAAUCGUGAUGGACAAACACCAUUACAUGAUGCUAUUUUAUGUAAUAAUGAUCAAUUUGCAACAUAUCUUAUACAACAUAAAGCCGAUUUAAGUUUAAUAAAUAAAGAAGGAAAUACACCGCUUCAUUUAAUUGCAAUUAAUGAUAAUGUAAAAAUGUGUAGAUUAUUAAUGAAACGUGAUAUUGAUGUAAUUCCAGUUAAUAAAAUGGGCAAAAUACCAUUACAUUUAGCUUGUGCACAUGAAAAACCUAAUGUUGUUAAUAUUUUAAUUAACAAAAUGAAAAUUGAAGACAUUAAUUUAGUAGAUCGACAAGGACGUACACCAUUACAUGAAUGUGCUGAAAAUACUAGUGGUUCAUUAGCAAGAUAUUUAAUUCGACAUGGUGCAGAUGAAAAUGCCAAUGAUUCAAGAAACAAUACUGUACUUCAUUUAGUGACUGAAAAAGGUAAUCUGGAAUUAGUAAGUACAUUAAUAAAAUCAUCGCAUAUUGAUAUAAAUCAGCUGAAUGCUGAUAGUCAAUCACCACUUGGCCUAGCAAUAUUAUAUAAUCAUGAUGAAAUUAGUCAAUAUUUACUUAGUCAAGAAAAUAUUCGUGUACAAUUUUCUGAUUUAAAAAUGGCAAUGAAAAUGAAUAAUUAUGAAAUGGUUAAAUUAUUAAUUGAAAAAGAUCGUAAUUGUUUACGUGUACGUUCAUCAAAUUACGGUGAUAUGAUUAUACAUAUUUAUAUGAGAAGAAAUUUCAAUAAUUUAGUUUGUCUUGAAACAUUGCUUUCAUUUAUAUCGGAUAAUGAAUUAUUAACAUAUUUAUCAGAAAAUAGUUUAACUUAUGGAGAUAGUUUACUUCAUAUUGCAGCUCGUGAAGAUACUCCAAAUGCUCUUACAUGUUUUCUUAAUUUAUCUCGUGUUAAAUUUUGGUUUUGGGCAAAUAUGAUGUUAACAAAAAAUAAUGAUAAUAAAACUCCAUUAGAAUUAGCUAAUGAAUUUAAACAUUAUGCUAUUAUUAAAUUAAUUAAUUCUAAAUGGAAAGAAUCCUAUGAACAUCUAUCACAUUCAUUACGUGAUGGUCAUUGUGGUGUUUCGCCAACUGGUGUUACACAAGCAAGACGACGAUGUUUUAAUUGUAAUCAAACAGGUUUUACUGAAUCAUCAGCAGGACAAGUGACACGACCAUGUGCUAAAUGCAAUGUUUGCUUAUAUAAAUCAUUGGAUAAUAGUAUGCAAGUAUUUUUAGCUUUAUUAUUCAGUGAUGAAUCAAGUACAAUUGCACUUGAUAUUAUGGAUUCAUUAAUUGUUGUUAAUGAAGUACAAAAAGCUAUUCAUCUUUAUCUUGAUCAUAUUGAACCAUGGGAAGAAUUUGAUAAAACUGAUUUAAGUGAAUCAUCAAGUCUAUUGAGUCAGUUGAUACAUACUGCAGAUACUCAUAAGCAAAUACCAAAAAGUCAUUCUCGUGAUCCAUCUGUAGCACUUCCAAUUGUACAAACAAGUACUAAUCCAUCGACAAUACCAAUAGUAGGAUUUAAAUCAUCAGGCUUAUCUGCAAGUGCUAAUCCUAUUCCAACUCCAACUGGAUCAUCUCUUUUAAAUGCACCCGGACCAACAACACAUCCACCCUAUAGUUCACGACCAUCAAUUACAGCAACAAAAUUUCGACCUGAUGGUACACAAUAUCGUGCAAUAACACCAUUAGAAGCAAUUUAUUAUCAUGAACGUCUUGAUUUAGUUACUCAUCCACUUAUUAAAGGUCUUAUUAAAUGGAAAUGGGAUAAUUAUGCUGCAAAACAUUUUUAUCUUGGUUUAUUAUUUGAAACUUUAUUUCUUAUUUCAUGGACAUGUAUUUCAUUAAUUACUCCAUUUCCAGUUCGUUAUGUUUAUCGUUUUCCUCAAGAUAUUUGGCGUGUUAUAUUAUGGGCAAUUAGUAUUGGAUUUUUAUUAUGGGAAAUCGUUCGAGAAAUGUUUGAUAUAUCAUAUGCAAGAAAACGUUAUGAAGAUUAUGUUAUUUGGGAAAGUGAACGAACACAAAAUCGAUUAGAUUUAAUGUCAAAAAAUAAAUAUAAACCAAAUACAACUAUACAAUCAUCAAAUGCUCCAUUUGGAAAAACUGAAAGUAUAAUUAAAACUGAUAAUGAUAUUGCAAAUAUCGAACAUAGUACAAUUAAUGAAACAAUAGCACCAAAUUUAUCAUCAAAUAUUAGUUUAACACCAAUGCGUUCACAUCAUUCACAACAUCAUCCAUUACCACCAACAUUACCAACUGUAAUUAAAGGUAAACCUAUUGAACCAUUACCAAAUCAACAACAACCUAUUGAUGCUCCACUAAAUUCAACUGAUCCAUCAAAUACUCUUCUUACUAAUUCAAAAAAGAAAUCUGCUCCUAAUGUAUCAUCAACUAUUGAUAAAACUCCAUCAAGAUUUGUUCGAUUUUUUCAACGUAUUAAAGCUAGUACAAAAACACGUUUCAAAUCCUAUUAUAUGUAUUAUUCAUUAAAUAAUUUAUUUGAUUGGAUUAUUUUUAUGUUUUGUUUAAUAACAACAAUAACACAUUUUGUUGAUGUUGCAUCUCAUACAGUAGUACGUGCACGUAUUCAUAUGUAUGUUGCAUCAGUAACAGUUUUGUCUAUUUGGUUUCGAUUUAUGGUCUUUUUUCGAACAAUAUCUAUAACAUUGAAAACAUUACGAUCAAAAUUCGUUGAAAUCAAAUUAGGAGAAUUACUUAUUAUGGUUCGUAUGAUGUUUGAUGAUAUAAUACGUUUUCUAUUCGUAUUUAUCUUUCUUCUUGCACCCUAUGCAUUAGUUUUCUUUUUUGUAUUUGGUGGUCGACAAAUUCCUCAUUCUGAUUAUGAACAAAAUCCUAAACUGUGUGAAGAUGCAUUACUUUAUUGUCCUAUAGUUGAAGGUCAACCAUUAGUUGGUGAUAACUCUGAGACUCGAACUCGAUAUAUGUUUAAUGGAACAUCAUCUAAUAUGAAUGAUUUUUGUUAUAAUGCAACAAAUUCUUGUCGUGUAGUUGAACAAGAUGGCUUUGAAGAUUUUUAUGCAUUACUUUUUUCUAUUUUUCGUAUUGCAUUAGUUGAUAAUAUUCCGAUCGAAGAAUUUAAUUUAAUUGAUCGAUAUUUUUCUGCAUUUGUUUGUGGUACAUAUCUAUUAUUUACAGCCAUAUUAUCUAUAAAUAUUUUUAUUGGUCUUAUAUCAAAUGCUUUACAAACCGAAGCAUUUUCAACAGUUGAAGCACGUUUUCUUCUUGAACGUAUUGAAGUUAUUUUAAAUUAUGAAUGGCGUUUAUCUGUUCGAAGACGUUUACAAUUACAAGAAAUAGUUCAUCGACAAUGUGCACCAUUACAAUUAAAUUGGAAAGAAAUUAAUUUCGAUGCAUUUGGACAAACACGUGAAGAACAACAAGCAAAAGCAUUUAUGAAUUUUCGACAAACUAUUGAGAAACAUAAUAUACAAUUUGAUACAUUUCGUAUUCAAGUACAACAAAAAUUAAGUGAUAUUGAUACAACACUAAUAAAACUACAACCAACAACAACAAUGACUACACAAAAAUCAUUAAGUUCAUCUGAAAUUAAUGGAAAAAAAAUUAAACUAGAUAGAUCAACAUCAAUGAAAUCUCCACCUUCAAGUCCAAAUGGAGGACAAUUUGAUAUACCUCAAACACCACCUAUAUUUGGAGCAAAUGAAUCAACAGCAAAUAUAUUUGUUGAAUUAACUCGAUUAAGAGAAUUAUUAGAAGAUACACUUGCUGGACAAACUGAUCGAAUUCCUUCUGGUCCUCUUCGAGCAGGACACGGAUUAACAGAUAGUACAACUGCAAGUCGUCGGUCAGUUGUAAGUUUACCAUCUCGUCCUCAAUUACAACAACAACAACAAAUAGAUAUACCAUCAACAACUGAAGCACAUUCUGACACUCAAAUUCAACCAUUUGCACAAAAUUUAAAUGAACGUGUUACUGAUUUACAAUUAGCUGUUAAUCGUCUUCAUCAAGAUGUAUCAGCUAUCCGACAUGUAAUUGAACGAAUGUCACCAUUAUCGGCUAGACUUAUUCUUGGCAGAGCAACAACUGGACGAAGAUAA